GUAUAUGCCAUUGGUAAUUUCAGAAACCGGUGGAGUCUAUGUGCUCGUCCUACGAAAGUCUGUGUGGUAUGAACUACAGGUUUGUCACUGAAGACGGGGAUCCGGUCGAACUCCUCAACAGCAAGUCUGAUAUCUGCAAGUGUCAAAACAACGUCACGUGUUCCAGCGAUUGGUUCAAUUUGACCAAUGCAAUCGUACAGACUUUGCUAACAGGAAAUGACCUACAGCUGGAGGCCAGAAUAACGUUCUGUCAGCUUCCGACCAAUCAGGAACCUUGCAAGUUUGGCGACCCAGUUCUCACAACCAAAGGUCACGGGCAGUUCUCGUUCGAACUUGCCUCCCCCAUGAAUUGUAAAUGUAAUCGCCCUCUGUUCGCCCAAUCAGCUUGGAGAGUUGGACUGUACGAUUACAUAACCUAUGGAUGUGGCCAGCCACGAUGUAAGAGGAGGGACAUUCGUUUUUGUGCUCGGGUGACGUACCACGGACCUGGUGACUACCGCGAUACGUAUCUGUGCCGAUGUCGACAAAAUGAGUCGUGCGGAGGCGAUCUUCCAAACCAGGUCGUGAAAGAAGUCAGCCAUACUUGUUUGCCUCAGAAGAAUUGGGAGUCAGAUGAAAAUAAUCUAAACUGGCACUCUUUCCUGUCAAAAUGAAUUUAAGAUGGGACAAGUUAUUGAACAGAAAUGAUGGUAAUGAGCAAUGGGUAUUUGCAGUAAAAUGCGCUGUAUGAAACUUAAUAUUUGUGUUUGUUUUAAUCAACCAUCACUUAAUAUCUCCACUAUUCUGUAGUGAUAAUGUUUUGAUAUUGUUAAAAUUCAUGUUUCUUUUGCAAGCAAAAAACUAGUUGAAGAGAGUGGUUAUUAUGAAAAUAGUUUUAUGAAGGGCUAUUAUGUUACCUAGCUUGUACUGGUUUAUAUCAAUGUUUAGACGCUUAUUCUAUAUACCACUUACCCCAGGUUUUAUGUAAAUAAUACGUAUACUAUAAUAUAAAUAUAGAAAUAAGUUAAAUUCUUUAAGUCUGAAACCCGAUCAUUUAUGAGAAAUGAUGGAGUGUGUCUAUGUUGUUGUGUGCCUCUCUUGUCUGUAUAUAUAUAUUUCUAUUAAAGUCUUAUCCACAUA